GUUUGGGGUGGUCGGACCGGAGGCGGGCUGCAGCCGCUGCGGUGCCGCUCAGGGGGCGGUGCCGGGCCGGGCCGGGAGGGCCGUGCCCAGCGGCCGUUCCGCCCCCGCCCCCCCGGCGCUGCGGCCGGGGCUCGGCCCCGCUCUGUCCCGCGGCGCAGAGACCCGGGCCGGUGCCAGGGCUGCCGCCCGGGCCGGGGCCGCCGGCCCGCCGCCAUGGCUCGCUUCUCGGCCUUCCUCAACCCCGUCCUGGUGCUCUUCAGCUGCGACCUCUGCCUCAUCCGAGCCAGCCACCGUCCCCUGUCAACGUGACUGUGACGCAGCUGAAGGCAAACUCUGCCACAGUCUCCUGGGACGUCCCAGAAGGAGACGUGGUCAUCGGCUAUGCCAUCUUACAGCAGCGGCAGGAUGGACAGAUGCAGCGCUUCAUCCGCGAGGUGAACACCACCAACCGCGCCUGCGUGCUCUGGGACCUGGCAGAGGAUGCCGACUACAUCAUCCAGGUGCAGAGCAUUGGCCUCUACGGAGAGAGCCAGGCCAGCAAGCGCGUCCACUUCCGCACCCUGAAGGAGACCGACCGCCUCCCUUCCAACAGCUCCAACCAAGGUGAUAUCACCAUGGAAGGGCUGGACAAAGACAGGCAGCUGCAGACAGGCGAGAUUAUCAUCAUUGUGGCUGUGCUGCUCAUGUGGGCAGCGGUGAUCGCCCUCUUCUGCAGACAGUAUGACAUCAUCAAGGAUAAUGACUCCAAUAACAACAAGGAGAAGACAAAGCCGUCCUCAGAGCACAGCACGCCAGAGCGACCGAGCGGAGGGCUGCUGCGCAGCAAGAAGACGUCUCCCUCAGUCAAUAUAAUCGAGGUGUAAGUGCAGCAGCAGCUCUGCGUCCACAGUCCUGGGCAUCCUGCCAGAGCCAAAGCAGGCCUUGGAAGAGGAGGCAGCAGCAGGCACCCGGCUGGAACUCUGCAUGCGAAGAUCUGCGUAUCCAAACUUACGCUUUCCCGAGGGAUGUGCAUGGAGCCGGCUCCCAGACGUGCAUGCAGCACAGGGCCCUGCCCGUCCCGCACGCCUGGCCCCACUCCCUUGCUGCUGUGGAGCAGAGGGAGGGUGGGGGGCCACACCACCAGCUCUGGGGGAUGAUUCCCAGGGAGCAGAUGGGCUGGCUCGAGGGCAGGCAAUGUCCCUGUGCACCAGCUUGGCCAAAGGCCUGGCUGCCACCGCAUGGCACCGGCCGCCCACCCAGCAACCAUCCUGGAGCAGCUCUUGCUCUUGGCUCCAGUGUCUGCGCUCACAGGGCAGGAGCUGCUCCCCUCUUGGCCCCACGACUGAGAGGAUGGGGCAGGGUGGGCACUGACCUCAGUGCUGCCAGGGACAUCAUGGCCAGGUGGUAGGAGGGUUUGUGGGCCUAGGCCCAGAGUGGAUCCCUGCUGAGAACAGGGUUCCACUGCUCUCCAUCAUUGCCAUGCAAGGACUUCAAGGCCUCUCCUUGAUGCAGGGGAUACAAACAUGAAUAACCAUGAGGAGCUGGCACUGCCACAGUGCCUGGCCAGCAUUUGGAGCCUGCAGGUAGGGCAGGAAGUGCUGGCAGGAGCCAUCCCAUGUGGUGGAGUGAGCCCCAGAGGGCUGUGGGAGCCGGCAGUGCCUGGGUAUGGCUGCAGCUUUGCCACUUCCCUAUUGGGGCUCAGUCCUGACACAUUAUGGGGUGCUGAGCACCCUGUGAGCAGUGAUGCCUGCACUGCCUGGCAUAGAGGGUGAGGCCCAGCAAGGUCUUGGUGGGCUCAGCAGGAUGUGUGCUGCAGAGCUCAUGGCCAUUCUGGGGACAACCUGAGCUUUUGACAGUGUCACAUCCCGCUCCUCACUCCUUUUGCAUGGCCACUGUGGAUGCUCCCUCUCUCCUGGUGCUAGUCCCAGGUUGGCUGAUGUGACACAGAGCUGUUGGAAAAUGCUGGCCCUGAUUGCCCAGAGCUGGUGGAUCACUGGCAUCCUCUUAUGUGCCCAUUUUACCUGCUCAUGUGAGGAUAGCAUGAGCCAUCGACUGCCCUGGGGCUAGUGACUGUCUGUUGGUGGUGUCUGGAUGGUGCUUGUUUGCCCCCGAGAGCCUGCAGGCAGCAGUCCCUGACUGGGUACCUGCUCUGUGCCCAAGCCUGAGGCCCAGCCCAGGCAUCCCUCUUGUGGUGGUGAGGGAAGAGGGUAAUGUGAGGAGGCUCUGCUGCAGAGAUAGCAGCUGCUGCCUGGGCUGCUGCUCUCCCUCCGUACUUUGCUCUGUGGCCUGUCCCUGAGCUGGGGUGCUGAUGCUGCAGCCCUGGACUCAAAGCAUCACAGGAUCCAGUGUCUUCCAGGAAUAAACCUCCCAGUAAAGCACUUUCAAGACUCUUCCUUCCAGGUGCUGCUCAGCUCUUGCUGCAGGAUGAGGUGAGGAUGGGACAGGAUAAGGGACUCCUUGUGGCAAGGUCUUUUCAAUAAAAGCAUCC